ACGCUUAGGUACGCAUUCCCAGACCUUCACAAUCUUUGUUGUUGAUCAUCAUGGCACUUAUUUCAACACAAUGGGCGCGGCUCAUUCGCUUUGUCGCUGCAGAGACCGCACAAAUCCAUAUCGGACAACCGGUUGACCCCAGACUUGAUGUUGGCCUUGCCGCAUGGAACAAACAGACCAUCAGAGCUUAUGAGAUCUCUGGGUCUACCCUUGACCCUGCCUCUCGCGUUACCAGCAAUAUCUUAACGGUCGAGAAGCUUCUCUCUCCUCUCUCUCGCGAAGAGAUGAAGGUCGUCCGGUGCGUGGGGCUCAACUACUCGGACCUCGCAUCGACGCUUACCAAUUUUUCCUGUAUUCUAUUCAAAAUUGCAAACAUUGUUAUAUCCAGCGCCCCCAAAUUGUUUUACAAGCCCCCGACGUCGAUGAUCGGUCCCAAUGCACCAAUCUUCAUUCCCAAGGUUGCUCAGCCUGUCGAAGAGCACCUCUCCGACUACGAAGUAGAACUCACCAUCGUCAUCGGAAAGGCGGCCAAGAAUGUCUCCGAGGCAGACGCUCUCGACUACGUCCUCGGGUACACUGGUGCCAAUGAUGUGUCAUUCCGCAAGCACCAACGAACAACUUCCCAGUAUGGAUUCUCCAAGGGGUUCGUUUCCAACCCCCAGGACAUCCCGCUAACUUGCACGCUUAACGGCCAAGUCCUCCAGGACGGUAACACCAAGUAAUACUUAUACAUGCCCUCGAGAGAGCACACACUGAAGUAAUAUUGUUUAUUAGCGACCAAAUCUUCAACUGUUCGUCAAACUGGUCUCUUUCCUCUCGCAGGGAACCACCCUCGAGCCUGGGUCGAUUAUCCUGACUGGAACACCUAAGGGUGGUGGUUCCGUGAGGAAGCCCGCCAUUGUACUCAAGAACGGUGAUGACUGCAGGGUAUGGUUGGG